GGCUCUCCUCCGACUUGAACCAACUCCGUUAUGCUAUCACCGGUCGUCGACUCCCCGUCGGCGGUGGGGUCCACUGCUGCUGGUGCUACUCAUUCCUCCGCGGAUAGGAUUGUGGUGGAGCCUGUGGCUGGGGUGAUCCAAGAUACGAUAUAUGUGACAGUGGGAGCUUGUGUGAAGGAGAGCAAGUCGCAUCUGUUAUGGACAUUGCAUAACUCAGGAGGGAACAGGGUUUGCAUUAUUCAUGUUCAUCAGCCUGCACAGAAGAUUCCAACGAUGAUGGGAAGCUUCCCAGCAAGCCAACUGAACCAUCAGGUAAUCAGAGAUUAUCGUCAAAUCGAAAGGCAAAAGAUGCAGAAGAUCCUGGAAGAAUACCUUCAUAUUUGUCGUCAAAUGGGGGUAUUAUUGUUACUUCUCUCUUCCUAUAUUUCUCGUAUUAUCUGUGGAUGCAAGACGUUAAGAUUUGUAUUUGCCAAAAGUAGACUGCAUAUACGCUCUAUGUUGCCAAGCUUUCUGAUACAGAUCACCAAUGACCAUUUUUUUAUAGGUUCGAGCAGAAAUAUUACAUAUUGAAAUGGACUCUAUUGAGAAGGGAAUAGUGGAACUUAUUUCUCAGCACGGGAUCAGGAAGCUUGUUAUGGGAACAGGAGCAGUUAAAACCCAUGGAGCUCGGAAAAUGAGGGGCCUCAUGUCUAAGAAAGCCAUAUACGUGCGUGAGCACGCACCUGUGUCCUGUCACAUACAAUUUGUAUACCAGGGGGGGUGCCUUAUACAAACCAGGUUAGUUGAAUGUUUUGGGAAAUAAAACUGAAAACACAAAGAUAUAGGGAUUCUUGGAACUUCUUUGUAGGAAAGAUUUGUGAA